GUGUCUAGCUCGCGCCGCAAGUCGCGGAAGGCUCAUUUCGAUGCCCCGAGCAGCGUGCGCCGCGUCAUUAUGUCGGCGCCGCUGAGCAAGGAGCUCCGCGAGAAGCACGGUGUGCGAAGCAUCCCCGUUCGCAAGGACGACGAGAUCAUGAUCACCCGUGGAACGCACAAGGGUCGAGAGGGCAAGGUCACUUCCGUCUACCGCUUGAAAUACGCCCUUCACAUUAACGGAGUUGUCCGGGAGAAGAGCAACGGCCAGUCCGUCCCCAUCCCCAUCGCUGCCUCGAAGGUCGUCAUCACAAAGCUCAAGCUCGAUAAGGAUCGUGAGAGCAUUCUGGAGCGGAUAAGCAAGGGUCGCGAAGCGGCGAAG